AUAAGGUUUCCACUGUUGGUGGCCAGGGCAUAUUAAAGGGGAGUGUUGGGGAAGGCUGCUCAUCCCCAGCAGCAUCUCCGCAGCAUGGCAGGGCCGGGUGGUGAGGGGGACCUGUGGCGCCUGCUGAAGCUGCACCGCACUGAGAUUGCCAUGGCAGUGGAUGACAUCUUCCCGCUGCUGCAUGCCUUAGCUGACCACGAUGUUGUCCCCGAGCACAUCUUCAAGGAGACGCUGAGCCGAACGGAGCAUGAGGGUUCCCACCGUGCCUUCCAUGGACUGCUCACCUGGCUGUUGGGCCAAGACACUGCUGCCAUCCGGGACUUCUGGGAAGUGCUCUUCAAGGACUACAACCUGGAGCGGUACACACGACUCCGGCCCCUCCGCAGUGCCUUCCCCAGAGAGGUGGAGCUGGGGCGGCAGCACCGUGGCAGGCGUCUCUCCCCCAGCCCCAUGGCACCGCACAGACCCCAAGGCAAGAGGAGAGCACUUGAGGAGCGGGAUGGAGCCCGAGCUGUGCAGCCCUCCCCACAGCACACUGCCAGCCCUGGGCCCCUGGUGAAGGUGAGGACUGUGAAGAAGCCAGAGGGUGUGGAUGCCCUUCAUGCCCCUCGUGGCGGUGCCCUCCAGGCAGCAGCCACCUCUGUGCAGAGAGCAGUGGCUGUGGCAAGCAGUGAGGUGCCUGUCACUCAAGGGACCAUCAAGGGCAUCCUCAUCAAACACACACUGGAACCAGGCAGCUCCAAAGUGGGCAGCAAAGCUGGGGACGAGCUGUAUGCCACAGCCACCUGUGAGGAGCCGGGUGCCAGGAGCAGAAGCCGCAGCCUGAGGCCUCCUGCCCAGCCCAAGGCAUCCCAAAGUAGUGGGGAGCCCCGAAUGCACCCCCAGGACCAGCUGCUGACACCCACUGUGCACAGCCAGGACCCUGUGCCACACCAGGAGAACGAGGACGAGUGUGCGGUGUGCGGUGACGGUGGUGAGCUCAUCUGCUGUGAUGGCUGCCCCAGGGCCUUCCACCUCGCCUGCCUGGUACCCCCAUUGCCCCGUGUCCCCAGUGGGACAUGGCAGUGUGGCUCUUGUGUGGCGACUGCGGCUGAGUCAAGCAGGCUGCAGGAGGUGAAUGCAGCUGUGGAGAGAACCCCGGACACCCUGGGGGAGGAGGCAUGUGGAGCCCAGGGCAGCGGAGGUGAUGGCGGUGUCUGCAGCCAUUGCUUCACCCAGAUCCCUGCACCCCAACACUGCUCUGCACCCAGCAGGGACCCCAGGAGGCUGCUGCUAUGCCCAUCCUGUGUGACCACCCCAGACACAGGUAGGCUGGAGAGCACCACAGUGGCCAGCAACCACCCACUACAGGCAGCAAAGGCAGAGGAUGGCUCCCUUGGCAGUGACCCUGUGCUGGGCAGGAAUGAGCUUGACGCCCUCCUGGGUGAGGGUGCCUGGGACGGGAUCCUGCAGUGGGCAUUCCAAAGCAUGGCACGGCCCCUUGCAGACACCCAUGGGCUCUUCGCCUAGUGCCUGCUGCCCUGAAGGCAGCUCCCACAGCACAGGCUGUGGAAUGGCGUUGCUGCAGGAACUGCAGAAGCAUGAUGGCACCCCUGAAAACAAGUAACAGCAUCAGACACUGUGACCAUCAAGCCAGCACUCCAACUACGGAGACAAGUCCAGAAAUGUGGGUACAGCUGACGACUCUAGGUAAAGUGUGGACAGGAUAAAUAAACAUCAUGA